CCAGGUGCCGGGGCCCGGCGGCACACAACACUCUGGCUGGUGCUGCAGGGACAGCUGCCUCCAGUGCCGCGGCUCCCAGGAGGGCUCCUGCCAGAGGCACUGAAGGGACAGCUCCCUAUUUCCUGCUGGGGGUGCUGAAGGGACAGCUCCCCACUCAGCACAGGGCGGUUCCUGCUGGGGGUGCUGAAGGGACAGCUCCCCAUUGAGCCGCCUGCGGCUGUUGCGAGAGGGCUGCAAGGGGGAAGCUCCUCGAGCCUCUGCUGUUCACACCGCGGCUGCUGCUAAGCCAGCGGCUGGCCUCGAAGGGCCACCAGCUUCUUCCCAGCUCCCCUGGACUCCGGCCACAGCAGAUCCAGGCAGCCAGGAAUGUAAUCCACAAUGCUAGUUCUCAGGGUGCUCAAUGUUGCUGCUCCAGCCUACUUCCUGUGCAUCUCCUUAGUGACCUUCGUCCUCCAGCUCUUUCUCUUCAUCCCCAGCAUGUUCAAAGACCCUUCCACCACCCCACUUUUCUCUCCUGCUCUGCUGCAUGGGGCCCUGUUCCUCUUCCUCUCAGCUAAUGCCCUGGGGAACUACAUCCUUGUGAUACAGAACUCCCCUGAGGACCUGGGCAAGUGCCUGAACUCGGGCAGAGGAGCCGAAGUGGUGGCGGACCAGCCGGACGGAAGCAGGUCCCCUUGCUCAGCCUUGCCCAGCACCCACUUCUGUAGACUGUGUGCCAGAGUCACCCAAAGGCAUGACCACCACUGUUUCUUCACAGGGAACUGCAUCGGGAGCAGGAACAUGCGGAACUUCAUCAUGUUCUGCCUCUACACCUCCUUGGCUUGUCUCGACUCCCUGGUGGCAGGGGUGGCUUACAUUUCUGCAGUGCUCUCUAUGUCCUUUGCAAACCCACUGGCCUUCCUCACCCUCCUGCCUCACUCCAUCAGCCAAUUCUUCUCAGGAGCUCUCCUUAGCUCUGAAAUGUUUGUCAUUCUCAUGCUGUACCUCUGGCUUGGAAUUGGACUUGCCUGUGCUGGCUUCUGUUCCCACCAGAUACUGUUGAUUUUACGAGGGCAAACUCGCUACCAGGUGCGGAAGGGGAUGGUGGGAAGAGCCCGGCCCUGGAGGAAGAACCUGCAGGAUGUCUUUGGGAAGAGGUGGCUAAUAGGACUUCUCAUUCCUAUGCUAAACGUGGGAAGUGACUAUCACAGGCAUAAAGACAAGUAACUCUCCACAACACACACACACAGAUAUACCCCUACUUUCUCAUACUCUGCUACAACAUGGCAAAGUUGGGAUAGUCCCCCUCUCAGUAGUGCAGACUCUGUGGGGGAGGGAUUGGCUAGCAAACUGAACAGGCAUAAGGGAUUGUCUUUCUGUUCUGUGCUUGUACAGUGCCUAGCACAAUGGGGUCCGCAUCCAUGACUAGGGCUCCUAGCUGCUAUGUUAAUACAAAUAAUAAAUAUUAAUAAGGAGAUCACAAACCAUGUAGAUGAAGAGAUACGGCCGCUUUGUAGACACAUCACUGCACCUGUAUACAAGGCAACAGUCUCUGUACUAUUAGAAAACGAAUAUUCAAAUCCUCCUUUAGGCGCCUUUCUCACUCUUUUAUCUCCCCUCUGUCUCUUGCUCUCUCUCUCUUAUUUAAUCUAUGCCUUCUCCCACAACUGGCAGCAGGAUCCUUCUCCAACUAGCUGAUAGCCUAUGCUAUCAUGACUAGAUUGUAAGCAAAGUAUAUGUUCCUGGGGGGGGGGGGGUUUCCAAGUUGGAGCUUUAUGAAGCAUAAAGUGACCUGAGACAGAAAGAAGCAUUUAACAAUAAAACUGUAGUGCAGCCAAACCCUCUAGGAAGAGGCUGCUAGGAAGGCAGAGAGAGUCUAGUCUCCAUAGACUAGAAAUUAGGGAUGGAAAGGACUUAUUAGGUCUCUUGAUCUCCAAUUAUUCUUGAUCUCUUCCCUUCGUAGGUGUAUGAAGGGAUAGCAGCUAAUAGACUGACCACGAGGCCUGUCAGGAUUGCAGCUCUUUUGGCUGCUUCUCAGAGUAUUUCUUCUUCAACUCCCCACCUCCAACCCUUGCCUUAUGACACAGUCCAUGGCACAAUUGUCUAUCUGGCUCCAACGACCAGCAAGCAGAUCUAAUAAUGGACCUUGGAUCAAAUAAGGCAGAGAUACAAGGAAAGAAAACUGUGAGCAUGAAUGGAAAAGAUGCAUUUGAGAGUUGGGCUGUGUGUGACAGCGGUAGGCUGGGGGUGACUUGUGUGAGUGAGUGACAGAAAGUGCAAGCACACAGACUGGCCUGGCAGGAUAGUGUAAGUGGCAGCACUUAAAUGUACAUCCUGAUGUAGCACACAGUCAAAGAUGGUUCUUCCAUGUUGAGUGGUGGACAGAGUUCAGACCUCACUGGAAGACAAUGGGGUUCUCCAAAGACACUUUGCUAUAAUUUUGUAGUAGUAUUAAAAAUUAACAAAAUUAUUACCUCAAACAUUCCUGCCAUACCUUUACCAUAGACUCUUCAGAGGUUCUCAAACUGGGUGGGGGGAGCAUGAGAAGCUUUAGGGAAAAAAUUACUGCACAUAUUCAGAGCUGGGUGGCCAGAGAGUGGUGGCCAUACCAUAUCAUGCCAUCCUUACUUCUGCGCUACUGCUGGCAGUGGUGCUGUCUUCAGAGCUGGGUGCCUGGCCAGCAGCUGCCACUCUCCACUCUGCCUUCAGAGCUGGGCAGUCAAAAAGUGGCAGCUGCUGGCCAGGUGCUGGUGGGGGGAAGGUCAAGUAAAUUACAACAGACACAAAGAAGGGGGGGGGGGGUGCGAUUAAGUUUGAGAACAAAUGCUUUAGGACAUUUCCUCCAGGUAUAGUGGAGUACAUUCAUCAUGCUGUUUCUCCAACAAAGAAAUUAACGGAGUUACUAUUGCGAUUAAUCAGCCCAGAAUGUCAGUAUGUCCUGCUGCAGCAAACCCCAUCAUAUCAGUGCUGAGACACCAUGCUGAUAGGUGCCUUAAAAAAAGACACUACCACAUUUCAAAAAUUAUCACAGUUCUUUAUUCCCAGGGGCUUAUUAUAAUGAGAAGAAGCCUCUGCUAUGGUCAUGUUUGCAUCAGCCAGUGUGGCCUGGAUGGGAAUCCACUACUUCUCUUAAUAGACUGGAGGGACCACUAUUAAGCAAUGAAAGCCGUAUUUCUUUCUUGAACACCACUCUUAAUCUACCCUGGGGGAGGAGCAUAAUACCCUGCUAUCAAAGUUGUGUUUCUCCCAUAGCAGUGCACAGCUGUCAUUCCUACAGACUUUAGAACUGGCUCUCAGACAGCUCUAGCAUGAUCCCAGAGUGUACACAAAUAACAGACACAGUACAUUGUGAUGAGCUGCGUGACCUUGAGAAUAUACUGCAGAAAUAACUAGCUGUGUAGGUAGAACACACAUAAACAAUACUCUUUCCACAUUGAAUGUGUGUUCGCAUGAACACACCAGUAUUAACAUGUAUAGUAUGCUGUAUUUUCACUAACAGACAACAAUAAAUUGUUUUGAUUUUUUAAGUUAUCUUCUAGAUGUUGUGAUCUUUAACUGCUCUUUUGUUCUAUUUGUGUGUGUGGACAUGUAUGUGUAUAACAGCAUGUUUAGCCAUCUUAUAUGUACAGUAGGAAGAAAUUAGGAGUCAGGUCUUCUGGGUUCUUUUCCUGGCUCUGCCACUAAUUCACUGUGUGACCUUGGGCAAGCCACUUCAUCUCUCUACUUUAGUCACCCCUUCUGAAAAUGGAUCUAAUAACAUAGGAAGGUUGUGAUGUUUAAUUUGCGUUUGUAAAGUGUUAGGAAGUCCUCAGACAAAAUGUGCUAGAGAAAUGUUACUAUUAUUAUUAUCCACAGACUGCUUGUCCAAGUGAAUUACUACAUACAAGUACCUAUACAACAGAAGAGUUCACCUUGACAGUAUCUCAACUAGGAAAUGAAUUGUUUCUGACAGUCCCCUUGUUAUUGGAUUGUGAGGAAGCACUUUGCACUGUAUGCCUGGCCUUAGAAGUAUUCCCAGGAUUAUUCUUAUUCCACAGUCUAGCUGAUCCAACUUCCUCUUCUCAUCACUGAUUCUAUGUUUUAUUCCUAAAGGGGACAGACUUGCAAGACUUCAGCCAGUAGCUUUUCUGUGUCAGCACAAAUUAUGAAAUUAUGUUGUGGAAUUCUCAUCCUCUGCAUGUACCAUUUUAUUGGCACUGUCAGUUUGGUCAAUUCCUGCUAUUCACUGCCUGAAGGCAUGUUACCUCAGACUGUCAUCUCACCAGGUAUCACAUACUAAGAAGGGUGGGGCCAGCUCAGUACUUGGAAGGGGGACUCUUCCAAGGAAAACCCAGAUAUUACACAAAGUAAUGCUAGUGAUUCAGUAAAAAUCACUUUUCUCUCCAAGUCAGUAACCAGUGCCCCAGCCUGAUGCUAGAGACAGCUAUGCUGACAGAAGGUCCUGACCAUUUCAGUCAUAACAAAUUUCCAAAUUUUUAACAAGUGUUAAUCCUGGUAUCAUAGCCAAAUUGCAGUAUGGGGAACUUUAUUGUGACUCCCUAAAAUUCCUCCUGCAAUUUCAGUUAUUCCUCACUUCCUGACCUAAAUUGAUGUGUUGGGUUAAUGUGGGCUCUUAAAUAGCUUUUCUGAACCAUGCUACAGCUGCCUGCAUUUUAGUGGUACUGAAGUGACUUCUGCUUGUAUAUCUUCUUGCAAUUAAUGUCUUUUGGAAUGAAAGGCACUAUAGAAAUGUAACAUUAUUGUGGUAUUGUAUGUUGGCUUAUUGCUCUGCUCUCCUCCCAACUCUGUGAACUGCAACAUCCAAAAUCUAAGAGUGGUGAGUCCCUUGGGAGCAGCAUAUGUCAAAGCUUCUCACUUAUCCAACCACCUAGACAUCUCUUCUAUAUGGUACCUAAGGUUUCAUCAAAAUCCCAGAGGGAAAAGAACCCAAAUUUUAACAACUCCAACCAGAACCUUUGCUCCUGGCUGAGACUUGGCAAAUUAGGUCCAAGCCCAAGAGCAACAUAGUUACUUUCAAUAAAUUCUCAGGAAAUCAGUUUGAUGGUUCUAAAGUUUGAUAAAAGUAAAGAAAAAAACUCUUCCCAUUUUCAGCUUUUGGAAGCUUUUUCUUAAUGUUCAGAAUAACAAUAACAACAAUUAUAAUAAUAUAAACACAUUUUGCAAAGUGAUGGUUUCUAACAGUGGCUAACUGCUUCUACUAUUUUGAAAACUAAAUAUUAAGGGCUUAGUCAUGUUUGAAAGCCCAGCAUUGUGCUGAGAGUGGUGUGAAGGUGGAGUGCACCAUAUGAUUCUCCAGGGGUUAGGGGGUAUUAGAUGCUGCUCUCUGAGUCCAGUCAGGUGUGCUUUAUUGGCUGGUACAGGGUGAGGGAAGCUGAUUCAUGGCUCCAUGUCUUGCACCCUCUUUGUUGGCUGUGAACAUGUAUGGGGACCAGGCACAUUCUGACCCUUAAUAUGGUUUAAGAUACUGACUUUGAAAAGCGGCUAUUUCAAAAAAUGGUGAUUUCGCUGAAGUCUGAAAAAGUCCUAGAAAUGACAGUUGAGACUAAACCAAAUGAAAGCUUGCAGUGCAAUGUCAUUGUCAGAGAAGACGAGCAGCCAUCUUCUGCACUUGGCCACCAUAAGCUGGAAGUGAGGACAGCACGUAGCAAGAAAGAAUUUGGCCUUGCUUAGGCCAACAAAAACAUUUGCACAGGUGCAGUGUUACUAACAGGGGUAGACAAAGUGACAGAUUCAUGAGAAUAAAAAGGGAGCAUGAAUAACUGGUUUUGAGUCUGAGUGUCUGUAAUUAUAAGUUUCUUGCUGGAGUUGCUUUACUGAUAAGUAGAAAGUAUGAGCUUUUUUGCUGUUGGUAUGGAAACAGUCAGUCCAUUAGGGGUUUCUUUGAGUUUUGCUUUGUUUUGAGUUACCUAUAAAAGAGUUUAGUUAGCGUGGAGAAGCCUGGAAGAAGUUCUUUUAAGAGGAUUUCUAUGAGCUUGGAGCCUGACUGCUACCUCCCCACUGGCUAGGAGGGAAGCCGGCCACCAGAACCCUGCUGCUGACACUCAACACCAUCUCAGACUUUGGGUAACUAUAUUUUGGAGUGCUCUAAACUAUUGUGAUUUUAGAGGUACUCAAGAAAAACAAGGAUUUUUAGGUGGAAGCACUCUUGUGUGUGCCAAUCAGAUGGAGGUGCUGUAUCCCCCAUUGAUUUAUUUCCUGACACCACCUGAAAAACAGAGACUAGUUACCACAGCUUUCAGUUCAUUUAACCCUGGGUAACACCUCA